GCCGCUUGCCUCUCCAGGAAUCACCGUUUAAAUGUUCACAUCCAGUCGCUGUGGACUUGACAAGGCAGAAGCAUCAUCACUCCUGUUGAGAUUACAACAAAUUCCAACCUGACCUGAUCCAACAAAGCCUGAAGCAUGUGCGGGAUUUUUGCUUACCUAAACCAUCAAGUGCCUCGCACCAGGAAGGAGAUAUUUGAGACACUAGUGAACGGGCUGCAGAGACUGGAGUACAGAGGCUACGAUUCAGCAGGUGUUGCUGUGGAUGGAAAAAAUAAGGAGAACUCUGACAUAAAGGGCAAAUCCAUCUGUUUAAUCAAGAAGAGGGGCAAGGUCAAGGCUCUAGACGAGGAGCUCUACAAGAAAGACUCUCUAGACCUGGAGGAGGAAUUGUGCACACAUUUCGGCCUUGCGCACACUCGCUGGGCCACGCAUGGAGAGCCGAGUGCUCUCAACAGCCACCCUCAUCGCUCUGACAACAAUAACGAGUUUGUUGUUAUCCACAAUGGCAUCAUCACCAAUUACAAGGAGCUGAAGGCCUACCUGAUCACCAAAGGAUAUGCAUUUGAGUCCGAGACGGACACAGAAGUGAUCCCAAAGUUGAUCAAAUAUGUUUACGACAACCGGGAGGACGACAGCAUCAGUUUUUCCACGCUGGUGGAGAGAGUCAUUCAGCAGCUGGAGGGAGCUUUUGCCUUGGUGUUUAAAAGCCGCCAUUACCCCGGAGAGGCCGUGUCUGCCAGGAGAGGAAGUCCGUUGCUCAUUGGAGUACGGAGCGAACAUGAGCUGUCAACUGAACACAUCCCUGUCCAGUACAAGGGUGCUCUCCUAAAGGAGGACAUCAAGGAAAAGAACAAUCAUAACCGCCAGGACAGCACUAUUAACUCUGUAGGCGAUGGCAGGGCUGUGGAGUAUUACUUUGCCUCUGAUGCCAGUGCCAUUAUUGAGCACACCAACAAGGUGUUGUACCUGGAGGACGAUGAUAUUGCAGUGGUGAGAGGAGGGAAACUUUCCAUCCACAGGAUGAACCGGCAGGCCGGUGAGGAUCCUGUGCGGGCCAUCCAAACCCUAAAAAUGGAGCUGCAGCAGAUUAUGAAAGGAAACUUUGAGUCCUUCAUGCAGAAGGAGAUCUUUGAGCAGCCAGAGUCAGUGGUGAACACAAUGAGAGGUCGAAUUUGUUUUGACACCAACACUGUGGUUCUCGGAGGGCUGAAGGACCACCUGAAGGAAAUCAAACGCUGCAGACGACUAAUCAUGAUUGGCUGCGGCACUAGUUUCCAUGCAGCAGUCGCUACCAGACAGAUUCUGGAGGAGCUAACAGAACUGCCUGUCAUGGUGGAGCUGGCCAGCGACUUCCUGGACCGCAAUACACCCGUUUUUAGAGAUGAUGUCAGCUUCUUCAUCAGCCAGUCAGGAGAGACAGCAGACACCUUGAUGGCCUUGCGAUACUGUAAGGACAGAGGUGCUCUCACAGUGGGUGUAACCAACACUGUGGGAAGCUCCAUUUGCAGGGAAACCGACUGUGGAGUCCACAUCAACGCUGGGCCUGAGAUUGGCGUAGCUAGUACCAAGGCAUACACCAGUCAGUUUGUGGCACUCAUCAUGUUUGGCCUGAUGAUGAGUGAGGACAGGCUCUCGCUGCAAAAGAGAAGACAAGAGAUCAUCGACAGCCUCAAGGAGCUACCUGAGCUGAUAAAAAAGGUGUUGUCUCUGGAUGAGAAGAUCAAGACCAUUGCAGAUGAGCUGUACCAACAAAGGUCUCUCCUGGUUAUGGGCCGUGGUUUCAAUUAUGCCACUUGCCUGGAGGGGGCGUUGAAAAUCAAGGAGAUCACCUACAUGCACUCAGAGGGCAUCCUGGCGGGCGAGCUGAAGCACGGACCUCUGGCCCUCAUUGACAAACACAUGCCCGUCAUCAUGAUCAUCAUGAAGGAUGCCUGCUACACCAAGUGUCACAAUGCCCUGCAACAAGUCACUGCAAGAUCGGGCAGGCCCAUCAUCUUGUGUUGCCAGGACGAUACUGAGGUAACCAGAAACGCCUAUCAGACCAUCGAGCUGCCGCGUACUGUCGACUGUCUGCAGGGCAUCCUGAGUGUUAUCCCCUUGCAGCUGAUGUCAUUCCACUUGGCCGUUCUGCGAGGAUAUGAUGUUGACUGUCCCAGAAACCUUGCCAAGUCUGUCACGGUGGAAUGAAAACAACUCACAAAGCACAGGAGAGGAGAAAGGAGACAUAUAGCUUUGCAGUGCAAUUCUCAAUUCUUGGAAUGUUUGCGUGGCCGCGCAUGGCUGCAUUUGUGUGGAUAUGUCUGCAUGUAAGACGUGUGUAUGUACUGUAUGUGUUUGUGUGUGUGUGUGUGUGUGUGUGUGCGCAUGGGUGAGAGAGUGAAAGAGACAAAUGAUAGGACAGUUAUUAGGUACUUUUUAUUAUUUGUUUUUAUGAAAACAAAUGUGAAGUUUGACCAAUACACUGACGAGGGAGCACCGGUGCCAUUAAGGCUUUGCGUGGAUCACAAUGCACAAACAUACUGUGCCUUUUCUUAUUUCUAGACAAGCCAAAAUAAUAUUUACCGGCUUCAUAAUAAGCAAUAAAUGCCAAAUAGAAGAAAUUACAGCUGUGCAAUAUGGGGACCAAAUGUGCAUUAUGAAUAUACACAAUUGUGACUGAACUACUUGCUUAUGCUACAUCCAAUUUCAUUUUAUAUUUACAGAACAUAAUUCCAAAGACAUGUUUUAUCUGUGUUUUACAUGUAUGCAGUGAUUGUACCUUCUGUGCUUCAACUUAAAUAUGUUUAGCAAGAUCUAGCUGCAGGAAAUUCCAUUCCAUUGCAUUUCACGUUAUGCUUUCUUUUUACCCUUAUGUUAUGUUUGGCUUGAUGUUUAUUUUUGUUUCUUCCGUUUAACACAACAGGAUAGUCCGCAUACUGUAAUCACAGCUUGCCAGAAUUCUCUAUGAGCAUCUAGCUUCAUUUUCAUAGACACAAAGUAUGAAAGGAGUCAUCAUCCAGGGAAAAAAAUGAAAUGCUAUUAUUCCCAUCAGUUUGAGUGUUUUGAGCUAUUUCUAUGGGUUCAUAACAAAUAAGAUAUGUUGUAUUUAUCUGAUUUAUAUUUUAUAAAUGCAAAAGAAGAGGUGUUGAUUUAUAUGUAUGAUUUUGUUUCAUACUGUAUUAUAGACAUAACCAUGCUCUAUGAAUCAAUAACUAGAUAAAGCAUUACACCUAAAAAUAUGUUUUCUUAUUUCUGUAAAUACAAUGUGAUAUUUACUGCUUCCUAAUUUUGACAGUAUGUGCAUAUCUAGUAUAAUAACAACGUGGCUUGUAUGAAUUUCAAAUGCGACAAAGUCUUCCCAUAAAGCAGGGCUGUCCAGACUUUUUAAACCAAGCAAAAAUGAAUUGAUUCAGGGAUCACUUUUGAUACUCUUUACGUUUGUGUUUAAAGCCAAUCCAGUGUACAUCAAGAUAC